AUGAGCAACAGGCGGGAGUCGACAGCUCCCAAGUUGCAAAGCGACAAUGUACUCGGCAGUGCAGAAUAUCAACCAUUCAGCACGUCUGAUUUUGAUCCUGGUGAUUUUGCAAACCGUGUACUGAAAGCUCCAGCUGGAUCUGCAUAUCAUGGACUGGAUGUAUCGGAAUCUUUGUCAAAGCUCAGCUUCAGUAUUGAUUUCUUGGAGAAGCAUCUACGUGAUGAAAUAUCAGAACAUUACGAGGACUUGUUGCGAAAGGUCACCAAUUUGCACGAACUGGGAGAUGUGGUCACCAAAGUGAAGGAAGGUGUAGCUUCCUUGUCAUCUUCUCUAGACAAAAUCAAGACACGAAUAAAGGAUCCAUACGAUCAAAUACGUGACAAGACAAUGCAGCUAGAAAGAAUCCAAGCUGCGGCUGAGAUGCUGAGAAAGAUUAUUCGAUUCCUAUAUGUCGCAAAGAGGCUAAAUGCCCAACUACCAUCAGAGAAUCAACCAACUGGUGGUAUUGAAUUCGCUAAAGCCGCCUUGAGCUUGAACGAACUAGAUGUCAUUCUGGGCGAAUCAGAUCUAUCUGGUAUCGUAGUAGUCAAAACAGAAAUGGAAUUCAUCUCCAAGGCACGAAAACGAGUCAUUGAUGAUGCUGACAGCUUGUUACAAACGGGAUUGACCUCUCAGGAUCUGACGGUUGUAUCUGAGAGUGUUCAAGUCUUUCACAAUCUGGGUCAUUUACAAGACAGGAUCCGAAAGACAGUUGAUGGACUAUUAGAAGGUUGUGCGACUGCUAUACGUUCUAGUUUGGAUGUUGGUACAUUGAAUCGUGAGGUCAUGAAAGAUUCUUCACCAUCACCUGUCGCUGGCGGUGGAGUGAGACGGGUAAACGAAGUUCCCACAACACAGCAAAGUGCAGCUUUAUGGUCAUCAAAGUUGUGGGAAAGAAUGGAAAAGCUCAUGGAUGCGCUCUAUGCUCAUGUUGUCAAGGUCUACCUUUUGGAACGAGUUCUAUCUCGAAAACGUGAUCCAGCCACACAGAUACUGUUUCUUGACGAGGUCAUGAAGAAUAUGGAAGGAAACUUGGUAAACCACUUCUGGAACCAGUUUUCAUUGUUACUUGACAAGGAGAUGCGGUUGGCCAUGAAAGGCUCUACUUAUCUUCAGCAGAGCCUGCAACUUGGAUACCCCCGCCUCCUACGUCUCUUUCAAGACUUUUUCACUCGCAUCAAUGUCACCAAUGGAUUAGAAAGCUCCACACCAACUCUUGAUUCCACACAUGCGAUCAAGACACUAGCUAGCUUUGAAACGGCAUAUAUGUCACGCUCUAUGGCUCGGAUGUUAGAACCCAUCAAUCUAGCGUUUCCUGAUCGAUCUUCUAUGGGUCCUGGUCCGCGUCAACCACCUGUGCGUGAUGAUGUAGACAAAUUAGUCCGAAUCAUUUCCAGUGAAUUGGAAGUAGCCAAAUUCGACAAGUCACUUCUUGUGUCUGUAGCUCGCAAUGUGUCCAAAGCCAUAAACACAUAUACGGUACGGUGUGAGAAUCUCGCUGUGGCUGAUAUGAGUGCGUACCAGAUCGCGGGCUCUGGUCCUCCACCACCUGCUCAAUUGCUCAAUCUCGAAAUCAUGAGCUGUCUGUAUCAUCUGCAUGAGACCGCUUGGAAGGUGUUUGAUGAGUACGAUGAAGUAGCUCAUCAAGCAGUUGAAGAAUCAUUGGAUGCCAUUCAUAAGUUGAUAUUGGCCAUGGUAGAGCCAUUGCUAGUAACUACUACUCGAGACAUCGAAGCAGUCAUGAUCAAGAUGCACAAGGAAGACUUUGGUAAACCUGGUAGUAAACCUGGUGCAUCAUCGUCGAAAGCUCUAGAUCCUUCAGCCAGUCAAUAUGUAUACGAGUUGACUUCUAGACUGAGAUGGUUACAACGAGAGAUAUAUAAUCGUCUUCAAUGUGGUGACGAGACUAAGGAGUGGGUUCGAAUAGUCAUUUUAAGAGCAUUAGAAUACUUCAUACGGCAGGCGUCUCUAAUACGACCACUUUCUGAAGUUGGGAAGCUCAAAUUGACCAAGGAUAUGGCGCAAAUUGAAUUGGAUUUAGAUCAAUUCUUGAUGCGGUUUGGUAUGCGCUUGGAAGGUGAAGGAGCUGAUGUGUAUAGAUCUCUACGUACAUUUCGGUCACUAAUAUUUUUGGAAUUACAACAAGUCAUUCCAUCAUCACCAGCAGACUCACCACUACCCACACACAUCAUCGUGCAUCAUCUCUUUGUACGGGGCUUCCCUACGCUUCCAUUACCAAUGGUAGCAUUCAACUGGUCUGAAUCACAGUACUCGGAUUGGAUUGAUGCUCACUCCGAUUCAGAUAUAUGUACCCUCCUAUCACGAUGUCUAGAUGCCUAUGCCGAAGAAGUCAAGAGGAAGGGCGAGAAGGAGUAUUGUGUAGAGUAUCCCAUUGUUAGAGCUCUGCUGAAUAGGCCACCAGCAGACACAUCAUAA